AUGAUUCUCAAGUCCAAGUUAAUUUUAGUUAUAAAAAUACGUAAUAACUUGUUCUGGUUAGAGUUUUUAAAGAAAACUGAUACUUACUACAGGAAAUACUUUGAUUUACACGAUGAAAAUGAGAAAAUAAAGAUUACAGAUGAUGAUGAUUCGGAUAGUGAUGAUGAUGAUGGUGAUGAUGAUUCGGAUGAUGAUGAUUAUUUGGAUGAUGAUGAUGAUGAUGGUAAUUAUUUGGAUGAUGAUGAUGAUGAUGAUGAUGAUGAUGAUGAUGGUGAUUAUUUGGAUGAUGAUGAUGAUGAUUAUUUGGAUGAUGAUGAUGAUGAUGAUGGUGAUGAUGAUUAUUUGGAUGAUGAUGAUGAUGAUGAUGAUGACGAUGAUUCGGAUGAUGAUGAUGAUGAUGAUGAUGAUGAUGACGAUGAUUCGGAUGAUGAUUCGGGUGAUGAUGAUGAUGAUGACUCGGAUGAUGAUGAUGAUGGUGGUGACUAUUCGGAUGAUGAUUAUGAUGAUGAUGAUGAUUCGGAUGAUGAUGAUGAUGAUGACUCGGAUGAUGAUGAAGCUGGACUAUAA